AUGGAAACCAUCUCUUCCCUCUUUUUCCAAUCCCGUCUCUUCCUCCUCUCUUCUCGAAGUCGGCAACCCACUCAAAAACUGCAACCGGCACGGACGCGGGCGUGGGGAGGCGACGCUACUGUGAACGCAGCAUCGUGGCCAUGGGUGGUGGUGUAUGUGCCGGCACUGGCCAUGGGUAGAGGCAGCUCUCACUUAACAGGGAACAAAAAGUCAAAAGAAGUUAAGGUUUAUUGGGAUGUUUAUGCUUGGCUGUUUGGUAAUGUUAUGGGCAAUGCAGUUUUCUUGUUUCGAAUUCAACUCUCAACCGAGAAUGAAAAGUUCUGGGCUCACCAGUCUCCUCUUCCAGUCCCUCUGUGUUGA